GCGGGCGCGGCACCGGGAGCGCGGAAACGGGAACGGCACCGAGACCGGCCGGGGGACAGGCUGCACUCAACACGCCACCCAAGAAAACCAACUCAGCGCCACUUUCCAACCCAACACACACAAUACUCACUUGGAUAUUUGAGAAAAGGCAAGGCCAAGCAGUGCUCUUUGGCCCUGCAGGAUGUGUGACAGGAACGGCGGGCGGCGGCUGCGGCAGUGGCUGAUCGAGCAGAUCGACAGCGAGCUCUACGCCGGCCUCAUCUGGGAGAACGAGGACAAGUCCAUGUUCCGCAUCCCCUGGAAGCACGCUGGCAAGCAGGACUACAACCAGGAGGUGGAUGCUUCUAUUUUCAAGGCCUGGGCUGUUUUCAAAGGCAAGUUCAAGGAGGGUGACAAAGCCGAGCCGGCCACGUGGAAGACGCGGCUCCGCUGCGCCCUGAACAAGAGCCCUGACUUUGAGGAGGUGACAGACAGGUCCCAGCUGGACAUCUCCGAGCCCUACAAGGUCUACAGGAUCGUGCCAGAGGAGGAGCAGAAGUGCAAGGCAGGGGUGGCCACCGGGAGCAGCCUGAACGAGGUCACCGACAUGGACUGCAGCUCCUCUGCCAUCGACGACCUCAUCAAAGAGCCCUCCUGUGUGGAUGAGUACCUGGGCAUCAUCAAGAGGAGCCCCUCACCCCCCCAGGAGACCUGCAGGAACCCCCCAAUACCCGACUGGUGGGUGCAGCAGCCCAGCCCUGCGUUGCCCCUGAUGAAUGGAUACUCCAGCUAUGAGCAGUAUCACUCAGGUUAUUCCCAGAUGGUGAUCAGCUUCUACUACAGCGGGAGGCUGGUGGGCCACGUCAGCACCUCGUGCUCCGAGGGCUGCAGGAUCUCCCUGGGGCAGCCCUCGGGCCACGGGGAGAAGCUCUACGCCCCCGAUGCCCUGGAGCACGUGCGGUUCCCCUCGGCCGACGCCAUCCAGAACGACCGCCAGAAGCAGAUCACCAGGAAGCUCUUUGGCCACCUGGAGAGGGGCGUCCUCCUGCACAGCAACAAGCAGGGCAUCUUCAUCAAGAGGCUCUGCCAGGGCAGGGUCUUCUGGAGUGGCAACACCAUGGCCUACAAGGACAGGCCCAACAAGCUGGACCGGGAGGACGUGGUGAAGAUCUUUGACACCAACUUGUUCUUCCGAGAGCUGCAGCAGUACUACAACAACCAGGGCCGCUUCCCAGACAGCAGGGUGAUGCUGUGCUUCGGGGAGGAGUUCCCAGACGCCGUGCCCCUGAGGUGUAAACUCAUCCUUGUCCAGGUGGAGCAGCUGUACCUGAGGCAGGUGGUGGACGAGGCUGGCAAGAGCUGCAGCUCCAGCCCCAUGCUGCCCGUGGCUGAGGAGCCCCAGCACGACCAGGGCUACCGGAUCUUCCAGGACAUCUGCACACCCCGGCCGCUCUUCCGAGAGAGCCAGCAGAUCGCCGUGUGAGCCUGUGCCCUCCCCCUGCUGGGCUGGCCUGGCCACUCCCAGACUGCUCCCACCAGUGCCUAAGGGUCUGAAAAAGUGACACUAAAAAGUGUCAUUUUUUCUUAAUUUUUUCUUAAUUUUUUCUUAAUUUUUUCUUAAUUUUUUCUUAAUUUUUUUUUCCUCCUAUAUUUUUUUUUCCUCCUAUAUUUUUUUUUCCUCCUAUAUUUUUUUUUCCUCCUAUUUUUUUUCUUUUUUUUUUAUCCCCUUUUUUGUUUUUCCUUUUUGGAAGUUGUGUUUUGGUUCUUUGCUGUUUCCAGUGCAGAGUCUGUAUAAAUCCAGUGGUGAAAACUGCCAUGAGCAAACAGGUUGGAUGUUCAGAGUUUUUGUCCUGUCAGGAAUUUAUGAUAAAAGUGACUUUUCUGGUCCCAGGACUGUCUGUAGCUGAUGGCUGGGGACAUCCAAGCUGUGCAGGAAGGUCAGGGCUGGGCUGUGCUUUGUGUUGCAUUUGUUAAUGGCCAGUCAGGCAGAACCAAACCCCAGCAGCUGUAACCACCUGCCCCAACAAUCUGCAGCUCAGACCUUGCUGAGAGCAGCAAUUCCAUAGGAGGUGACUCUUGGAAAAGCCUCAGAAUGCUCCAGUUUAGGAAAUUCCAUCCAGGAAUCAGCUUUCCCCCUUCCAAGAGUCCUGCUGGUGGAAGGCAGGGUGUGCCUCCCCAAGAGAGUCCUGAAGUUCCUCUUUAUUUUUGCUGUGAGAUUUGUGUGUUUCUCUUUCACGCCAAAGUGGAUUGAAAUUUGGAAACCCAUGCAGAGAUUCUGGAUGUAAAUAUUGAAUAUGAAAACUUGGGAAUCUUCAUUUUUCCUGACCAGAGCCGGAGUUUAUAUAAAUAUAGAGAAUUUUAAUUUUUCAAGAUUGCAGCCUAGUGUGAACAGCUUGGCUUCACCCUCCCAAACACACGUGUGGGGCUCUCCCAGGCGUGUCCAGGCAGCGUCAUCCAUGUGUAAAUCCUCAUUUUCACAGCCUCUGUGUGCCCCCAGCUCUGGGGAGCUGCUGGUGCCUCCCAGGGCAGGGCUGCACAUGUGUGUGUGCCACCAAAGCUGCCUAUUUAUUGUAUGCCUGGGGUUUGUUCAUUUUUGGAGUAAAUUUUUAUAUCUCCCUGCCAUUAAAUGCUAUAUUUUGUA